AAACCCCACGAAGAAGAAGAAGCAACAAGCAAACAUGGCGGCGAUCCCCACCCGUUUGUUUUUUUGAACUUGUCUACUUUGAAGCGACUCCUACGCUUCCUUUUCCACGCUAUCUUCGAGUUGACCCGUUAUUCAGACAGCUCCGGAACCGACACCACGUGACAUCAGCGGGUCAAACAUGAAGGCGGGGUUGAGUCCGGUUCAGACCCUGAACGCGCAUCCGGACUCCCGGUGCUGGUUCGUCGGCUGGAGCCCCAGCGGGACGCUGCUGGCCUCCUGCGGGGGCGACAAGGCCAUCCGGAUAUGGGGACGAGAGGGUGACUCGUGGAUAUGCAAGAGCGUGCUUCAGGAUGGACACCAGCGCACUGUGAGGAGAGUGGCUUGGUCUCCCUGCGGAAACUACCUGGCGUCUGCCAGCUUUGAUGCUACCACUUGCAUCUGGAAAAAGAAGAACGAUGACUUUGAGAGUCUGACUGUGUUAGAAGGACAUGAAAAUGAGGUCAAGUCUGUGGCGUGGGCACCUUCGGGGAAUCUGCUGGCAACGUGUAGCCGAGACAAGAGUGUCUGGGUCUGGGAAGUGGAUGAAGACGACGAGUACGAGUGUGUUACCGUUGUGAACUCUCACACACAGGACGUCAAGAAUAUCGUGUGGCACCCGACCCAGGAGCUCCUCGCGUCGGCCAGCUACGACAACAACGUUUGUAUUUACAAGGAAGAGGAUGACGACUGGGAGUGCCGGGCCACCUUGCAAGGACACACGUCCACAGUGUGGAGUCUCGCUUUUGAUGCCACCGGGCAGAGACUUGCCUCCUGCAGCGACGACCGCACCGUGAAGAUUUGGAAAGAGUCUCCCAAUGAAAGCGGACAAGGAGACUUGUUGUGGAAAUGUGUUUGCACUCUGUCUGGGUAUCAUGGACGAACCGUGUACGAUAUUUCCUGGUGUCGGCUGACUGGCGCCCUCGCAACUGCCUGUGGUGACGAUGCCGUGCGAGUGUUCAAGGAGGACGAGACGGCCGAUCCAGACCAGCCCGUGUUCUCGCUGGCUGCUCAGGUGACCAGAGCUCACAGCCAGGACGUGAACUGUGUCGCCUGGAACCCGAAGGAGGCGGGACUCCUGGCCUCCUGCAGCGAUGACGGAGGGAUCUCCAUCUGGAGGUUCCAAGAGGAGGACUGAACCCAACUGGCUUGGAGAAGAUGUUAUAGCGAGCAAGUGGGAACUGUGCCAUUUAGAGUUCACCACAAAUAAUAAUGCAUUCAACUUGGUUUUGGCUCAGCAGAUUUCAGCUUGAUAUUAUUCCUGUUUAUAUAAAGAAAUAAAAAACAUGAA